AUGCCCACCCACAAUGGAAUCAAAUGCAGCAUUUCAGUCGAGGGCUCUCCAUUGCCUGAAUACCUCCCUUCAACUCAAGAUACAACCUGCACGGUAUCUUUAGCCGCUAGUGAAGGUCAGAGAUACAAUAUAGAGUUGGAAGGCUCUAAAACUGGAUCACAGUGGCACGAAAUCAAGAUUUGGUUCGACGGACGGCAGUUUUGGCGGGAUGUAGUCCGGGGAAGCGAUGAAAAAGACUUGAAGCGUACAAUCGACCAUGUAAUAGACAAAAUACAAGACAAUGGUAGUUAUUCAACGACCUAUUUUGAAUUCGGAAAGAUCAAUGUUGUCGACAUCGAUGCUCAUUCAAUUCAGCCUACAAAUGACCAAAUCAAUAACAUUGGGUCUAUCAAGGUCACAAUCUGGCGUUGUCACGCUCCUUAUACUUCGCAAGAGUUUUAUGGCACCUUUGAAGCCAAAGAUAUCCCACCCAUCAAUGAGAAAAAAAUCAAAGGCAGACCUUUGUCUCAUUGUACUCAAUUCAACCCCCAGAAUAGGGUUCACCAUGAUAACAAGGCAAUAUACCGGUUCGCAAACUUGAUUGAUCCGGUCGAUCGACCUUACGCUACCUUCAUCUUCAAUUACAUGUCUCAAGGCCUUCUCGAAGCACAGGGGAUAGCCCCAAGGCCGGCCCGCCUAGCAUCCCACGGAAAUCAGGCCCACCACAUGGAUGAGUCUCAGAAAGACCAAGAAAUCAUCUUUCUAAGAGAACAAUUGAAAGACAGUAAACGAAAGAUUAAAGAUGAGGACGAGGAUACCGGACAACCCAGUACUCAAAACCAAACUCCGCGAAAAAAGGCGAGAAAGAAACGAUUUGUUUUUGUCGAUCUAACCAAGGAAGAUUGA